AUGCACGAGAUCGGCCACGCGUUAGGAUUACAUCACAGCCCUCAGAAAAAUGCGAUAAUGUUCGCCUUUGUCCCCUCUAAGAUCUUUCCCGUGCGAAUGAGCGAAGCGGAUUUUCUCGCUAUUCAGAAUUUAUACGGUUUAAGAAAUAAGAGCGAAAUUGUGAGACCAGUGACGACGACCGUAGCGAUGACCACGAUCGCGACGCGCGACUCGGGGAAUUCCGCGGAUCUGUGCGCGUUGCGACGGGUCGACGCGGUGUUGGUGUUAGAAAAUAGAAUGUACGUGGCGUAUCGACGCCACUUAUGGUCGGUCGACUUAAAUGGAAAAUCUUACGGCAGGUCGUUGUUACUGACGGACUAUCUGCGUUUUCUUCCCGAUAAUUUUACGCGUUUGGCGGGUGCGUAUCGACGACCUUCGGGCCAACUCGUAUUGUUCGUAGACGAUACGGUUUACAUGGCAGAAUAUCCGAGUUUCGAGCUAGUACCGGGUUGGCCGAUGAAACUGAGAGAUAUGAAUCUUCCUCCUAACGCAAAAAUCAACGUUGUAGUUAAUACUAACGCGGGACGAAUGUUCGCGAUUUACAACGAUGAGAUCGUAGCCGAGAUCGACAACUGCUCGAUGACAGCCGUCAGACAUAACUCGUUGCAUGCGAUAUUUCCGGGGAUUCCACCCGCUGUAACGUUCGCCAUUCGAUACAUCGACGGUAAUCUGUACUUUCUCGUUACCAUAAACGACAGUUCUUCAAGUACAACGAAUUUACCAGAAGUGUAA